AUAAAAUCCAUUUCAUUGGCAAAUAGCGUACUUUGUGGAACGGAUUAGAGUAGAUUCAACAGAUUCGAGUAGCGAAUUACAGGCGGAAGUCAUGGCUGUUAUCAAGCUCUUUAUAGUCCUGCUGUGCAGCAUUCUUUGUAUCAUCUUCUUUUGUGGAUUAGUAGCUGGGGAAGUUUAUCCUUACCCAGGCGACUGUAGAAAGUACCAACAUUGCGAUGGUAGCGGUUGUUUCGUUUUGGAGUGUGGCACAGGCACGGAAUUUAAUCCAAACAUCGGCACCUGCGACUAUCCUCUCCAAAAUCGUCAGGAUUGUAUGCAACGUGGAUAAUUUGUGCAACAACAAUUUGAAAUAUUUAUAGAAUAUAUCGCCAUAUCAAAUGUAUUUCUUUUUUACGAACAAAUGUACCAGCGAGAGAAUGUGAAGAAGUGAAACAAUUUAAAGAAGUGGAAUAAUUGAAUAAAAUUUAUUUUCAAUUCA